AUGGAUCAGGACCGUAUUCUAGCGACGUUCAAGAUAUUAAUAAUAGGCGAAAGUGGAGUAGGAAAAUCUAGUCUGAUGCUUCGAUUCACAGAGAACGAUUUCGACAGCGAUCAAGCGCUUACGAUCGGCGUGGACUUUAAAACGAAAAUGCUCGAUAUCGACGGUGUGAAGGUGAAGCUCGCUAUAUGGGACACGGCCGGGCAGGAACGGUUUCGUACGCUUACGCCUAGCUACUAUAGGGAUGCCCAGGGAGCGAUCCUGGUGUAUGACGUCACGAAGAAAGACACAUUCCAGAAGCUAGAAUCGUGGUUAAACGAGCUGGAAAUUUACGGCACGCGCAACAACAUGGCCAAAAUGAUUGUGGGCAACAAGAUCGAUCAGCCGAACCGGGCGAUAACCAGGGACGAAGGGUUUCGGUUUGCUAAAAAGCACCGCAUGAUGUUCAUCGAAACGUCGGCCAAAACGAGCGAAGGUGUAAAGGAUGCAUUUGAGGAAGUAGUGCGUAAGAUUAUGGAAACCGACGGGCUAUGGGAACGAAACGAUUACGGUGAUGGCGGCGUUGAUCUACAUGGCAAUCGAGUACCCGCGGCGGGUUCGUGUUCUUGUUAG